AUGGAAAAGAAGAAAAAUCUAAAAGGAAAUGACGUUCUUAAGGAGUUAGGCGUACAGCUCGAACGCUGUGAUACCCAAAGAAAGGAGGAUGGCCCUUUGACAUCAACCACAGUAGGGAGUUUAGAGGAGGUAGGCGGUAUAUCCGCGUCAGAUUCUGGCUCUGAAAUGAGCCUGGAAUUGGAAAAAAGCGUAGCUAGCAACGCUAGCUUCGCCAGUAUGGGUAGCGGAGAGGCCCAGAGAGUGCGCAAGAAGCGCACUCGCGCCUCGGAUGCAGACGCCGAAGCAGAUGAUCAUCCGGAAUCUUCGGCGUUCAAAAGGAGAGGCACCCCUGUGCCUAAAAGGGGUAGAGGCCGCCCGCCCAAUAGUGGGCAGUAUUUGGAGCUGGCGAAAGGGAAGCGGGAGCUCAUGGAAGCCAGGAGGGUAGAGAUGGAGCUCCAGGCGGAGAAGGAGGUUCCAGAGCUGAUCCAAAGGCGCCGGCUCGAUAGAGCAUUGCGCCCCGCUGGUUUUGACGACGUAGUCGACUCUCGCCUUUCUUCGACCCUGCUUGAGAGGGUCGAUGAUGGCAUUAAAGUCAUCACCAAAGUCGCUACGAAAUCAAAGAACCUGAAGGGCACUUUUGUAAAAGCCCUUAAGGAAGCGGCUGAGAUGAUCCGGGAGGCGGUGAAUGGUCUACAGAGCAUAUCAUCGACUGAUGAAACCCGCCGCCUUCAGGCCGACAACAAACGGCUGCGGGACGAGGUGGCGACGCUCCAAAAGGAGGUUGCUAGCAUGCGUCUCAGUAUAGAGAAGGCGGCUCGCCCAGCCCAGGAACGGACGCCGGCACCAACACUGCAGGCUGAGCAUAUCGCGCGUGAUGUACUAUCCCAAGUAGGGACGAUGAUCAGCGCGCGAUUCGAGGCUCUCGAGGAGCGCUUGCUCCCGGAGAAGCGCCUGAGGCCGCCUUUGGCUGCGGAUAGGCGUAGCGCCGAACCUGGGCCUUCAUCGGCACCAGAUCCCACCCCUACCUCUCUGGGAGAGACGUGGAGUGCAGUGGUACGGAAGGGAAAGGGGAAGGGAAAGAAGACAGCGCCCGCGCUUGACGUGCAGAUGUCGGCUUCCAUCUCCGCCAAGCCAAAGAAGUCUGUGGCUAAGCCCGUCGCGACGCCUAAGCCACCUACGGCCGCCGUGAAAUCUAUUACGGUGCCGAGGCCCCCAUUGGUCGCAACGGGAUCCGCUGCGGUGCCCAAGUCCGGCCUGAAAAUAAGGCAGGCGGCCACGGGAGCUCGAGUUCUCGAGCUUCCAGCAGGGGUCACGAGCGAAGCAGCGGACAGUUUCGCCGCGAAGCUCCGUGAGGUCCUCGCCGGAGAAGCACGGAUCGCCAGGCCGGUGAAGUGCGCGGAUUUGCGUCUUACUGGCCUGGAUGAUUCCGUCACCAGGGAUGAGCUGGCCAUCCUGAGGGCCAAAGACACUGCCUGGGGUGAGCUCCUCGCGGGCUUGGACCGCGAUCCCUGGGGUCGUCCAUACCGAGCAACCAGGGGCAAGCUUGGUCGGGGUCCGCCGCCUGCUGAAUCUAUUUCACCGGAACGGCUGGCCACGGUGCUGGAGGCGUUGUUCCCGGCCCCAACUGGCGUUAUCCCACCGGUGCCUGAGCCGGAAACCACCGAGGAGGUGCCUCUGGUAUCCGAGGGUGAGAUGGGAGCCGCACUUCUGCUGCGGCUCGUGGGCGCAAAACGGCCCCUGGCCCCGAUGGUGUGCCCGGCAGGGCUCUGGUCUUGGCCUUGGGGCCCC